UGUACUCGGACUUCCGGUCGGGAGAGCGCGCUCUCUCGGAAUCGCGUGAGCAUCCUCCUCACAUCAUCCGGGAGCGACGGCGCCGGGAGGGAGGAAGAUGGCUGGCAAGAAGAACGUUCUGUCGUCGCUGGCGGUUUACGCAGAGGAUUCCGAGCCCGAGUCGGACAGCGAAGCUGGAGUGGAAGCGGCUGGGAGCGCGACCGCAGCGGAGGAAAAAGGUGGCUUAGUGUCUGAAGCCUAUGGAGAUGAUGAUUUUUCUCGACUUGAGGGAGAUGAAGAUGGUUAUGAGGAAGAGGACGAAGAAAACAGCAGACAAUCGGAAGAUGACGAUUCAGAGACUGAAAAACCUGAGACUGAUGACCUAAAGGAGUUUUCAGAACUGGAAAAGCGAGAUCCCCAGGAGCUGGUUGCCUCCUUUUCUGAGAGAGUUAGAAACAUGUCUCCUGAUGAGAUUAAAAUCCCUCCAGAGCCACCUGGCAGAUGUUCAAAUCACCUGCAGGACAAGAUACAGAAAUUAUAUGAGCGGAAGAUAAAGGAAGGGAUGGAUAUGAACUACAUUAUCCAAAGGAAGAAGGAAUUUCGGAAUCCCAGCAUCUAUGAGAAACUUAUCCAGUACUGUUCAAUUGAUGAACUUGGCACCAAUUAUCCCAAGGAUAUGUUUGACCCCCAUGGAUGGUCUGAGGACUCCUACUAUGAGGCUCUAGCCAAAGCACAGAAAAUUGAAAUGGACAAAUUGGAAAAAGCCAAAAAGGAGAGAACAAAAGCUUAUUGCAGGGACGUGUCUGCAGCGCCUGGGGAGGUGACCGGAGCUGUCCUUCCCCUGUGCAGGCACCACCUCCUCCUGGGUAUUGAGUUUGUAACAGGCACCAAGAAGGGCACCACGACCAAUGCCGCUGCCACCACCACCACCACUGCCAGCACCGCAGCCACAGAUGCCCAGAAGAGAAAGAGUAAGUGGGAUUCUGCUAUCCCAGUGACGACGAUAGCCCAGCCCACCAUCCUCACCACUACAGCUACCCUGCCGGCCGUUGUCACUGUGACAACCAGUGCUAGUGGCUCCAAGACCACGGUCAUCUCAGCCGUAGGCACCAUUGUGAAGAAGGCCAAGCAGUGAUGGGCCUGGUGCAGGGGCCUGGUGCUGGACGUACUUCUUGUGGAAGGACAGGAAACGCUACCCCGGGACCCUGCCAAGACUGUGACCCCAAGAUGUGGAAUGCUCCUUUGGAUAUCAACCGAUGCAAGCAGCGGACUUAGGUUUUCCAAAGAGCUUCCCAUCAACGAGGGACGGGUUUCUGUCUUGCCAACCCUGACAAAACAUUCUCCUUCUAGUCCUAGUGAGAGAAUCGAUUGCCCAGUCAUCCAGAAGGACUCUUGUUGCCCAUCGGGGUAGUAGAGACUGCUUGCAGCCAUGUUAAUUUGGCAUCCAUUGCUCUAUUAAAAGUGCUAUAUCAAUAUAGCCCAGCAUCCCAGGUAGUUUCUUGUUUUAUAGACUCAGUCUUUAAACAGAUGUGAAAUUAUGCCCUGGAAUCUUGCUAAUGUGGGGGGGGCAGCAUUUGUGUUUCCGUGGGGUGUAGGGGUGGGAUUCAUGCAGGGCCUUAAGAGGAAGCAUGGCUCUGGAGAAGGUGGUUGGGUGCAAGGCAAGCUAGAGAGAAGAGCAGCCAGCAAAGUGGCUGUAGAGGCUCCUGUUACCACCUCAGGUGGUAGAAUUAAAAAUAAAGAGAAAGUGUAGGAGGGAGCAGGUACAAGCCAAUGAUCUUUCUUUCGCGGAAUAUCCUGAACACUGAACCUUGUCAGUGAACCCUCGUCCUUUCCCCCUCCCCACCUCUAGGGUCUUGUCAAUAUUGCCCUGGCCACAUCUCCAGUUCACCAUAGGUGAGGCUUCCUAAUUGUCCAUGAAAAGCCAGGUAUAAUUUGGGAGGUGGGGUUGGCAUAACAGAGUUCUAGGAGAAGGGUGUGGCCUUCUCUCCAUUGCUGAUAUUGCUCUCCUGAGCCCUUGGAUGCCCAGUGUGCUCCUGGCCUUUCAGACUCUAAAGUAGCUGGGGAGAUGAAUCACCUCCGCUGUGGUGGGGUAGUUGUUCAUUGUUUACAUAAAAGUAUCUCAUGUGAGAAUUCCUAGCCGCCCCACCCUUCCUCUCCCCAUGUUAUCUCUGCCCCACAGCAACCUCUAGAGUUGUUCCCUGUUUUAAAUGAGGUUUCCCAGCCUAAUCCCUGAGGGAAAUCUUUUAUUUUUAUUUUUCUCUCUGGUAACUAAACUUUGCACUUUGGGGGGAAAGCCGAGUGUCAAGUGAAGGAAGCUCCAUUGUAAAGAACAGUAUCAUUUCCAUGAUGCAGAGAGCCCUGCUUGAGGCCUAGGCGCGUUCCUGAAGCAGGCCUUAUGCAGCACCAGGGGCCAGAGCCUUGUUCGGCACCCCAGCUCUCGUUUCUGACUCCCCGUCAUUCUUCCCCCAUUCAGCUGGCCUCCAUGCUCACUUGGCAUGUACCAGCCUGGCCUGGAAAUCUCUCUUGAAGAAGUGAUCCAGCCGAGCAUCCCUGUCUGCUUUGUGAUUGUGACUUGACUCAUCCUUCAGCUGCUACCUUGUAUGGAGGCCAGUGACUGAUGGCAGCUGCCCUUCAAGCUGGCAACAAUUCAGUCAAGCUAAGUAUGUGUAGACCACUGUUACCUGUGGUAUUUGGGGGCAAGCAAAAAGGCAUUGCCCACAAGGAGCUUACUGCCUUAUUGGAGAGAGAAUUCACAGCAUUUGUGAUAAAAGCACGACACUGCCAGCUGUCUUGGCUUGAGUUGCAUUCUUGGUAGUUCAUUAGAUAUGGAUAGUUACCUUGCGGAUGUGGUUGUCUAUGGCUUAUGGGUAUUUCUAAUUAAGGUCUAAAAAAGCAGUCAGUGUUUUUCCCUUUGUCUAACACAGAAAAUUAGGGGAUUAUGUGUUUCAUCUAAACAGCUGACUCAGGUUCUGCUCUCUGGGGAAUUCAGAAGCCCCUACAAGCUUAUCUGGCUCUAUUUAUGUAUUCCAUCUGCCCAGGAAGGACCCAGAUCAAAACCUGAAAUCCAGACACCAUCCCCACACCCAUUGGAUACCAGAGGCAACAAGAGGAAGUGUCUGUCCCUUCCCAAACUUCUCCCACAUACAUGAUUCCCAUUCUCAGACUUCUUGACAAGAAUCUAGUUCUGAAGAGAUUACUGUGCUGCUGCCCACCCUCCCAGACCCCAGGAGGAUUGCAGAAUUUUAGAUUGAAAAAGGCCUUCCAGGUCAUCUGUCCCGCCUCCUUCGUUUUACAGAUUAAACAGGAAAAACUCAACUAAAACAUUUUAAUAAGCUAUGCUAGGCACUGCCAGGAAUAUGGAGACAAAUAAGAUUAGGGCCCUGCCCUCAAGGGACUCCUAAUCUGAUGGGGAAGAUAAAAAAAGUCAAAUAAGUAUAAUUAAGAUAUGUGUUAAAUGUGUGAGAGAGAUUUGAACCGAGGAAGCAUGUAAUCAAAGUUGUACAUUAAGACUUUCUGCCAACAGUGUGUAAUAUUUUGGGGGGAGAGGAGAGGUUGGAGGCAGAGACCAUUUACAAAACCUACUGGUAUGGUAUAGAAGGCGAGAGGCCAUGAAUCCAAGCCUGAUUUAAGAAGGUGGUGAUGAAAAAGGAAAGGAACAAUCAAUGUAAAAGGAUGCAUUGGGACAGAUAUCUUGAUUAAGUAACUGGAUGUUGGAGAGGCAGGGAGGGCGUGUCAAACCUGGGUUUAAAACCUGGGUGGAAGAUCUGAGGAAUGAGGUGGGGGAGCGCCUUGCCAAGUUCUUGGGAAACAGAUGUAAAGCAUAGAUUUAUCUCUGUGGCUGUUUGCCAGUAAAAGGGAUCACAGUAGCUUAAGGGUAUAACAGAAUUUUCAGAAAACAAUCUUUAGAAUAAGGAGGAGAUCAAAGACAUGAGAUAGAAUGAGAGAAUUGCUAAAAGUUGGGUCUGAAAUGAAAUCAGAAUGAAUAAGAAGAGGCUUGGGGAUUCCAAUGAGUGGCGUUUAGGGAGUUCACAUCAGGUAGUUCUGGUAGGAAGCAAGGCCAUGUACAAUAAAGAGAAAAAGAGAAGGGUUGGAAAAGGAGGAAGCUUUAUGGCUAAGUUCUAUUGAUGUGGGGAAGACUUCAAGGACUAAGCAUGGAGAUGUGGCUGUGAGCUCCCCCAUCUGAAAUUCCAAUGGCAUGAAGGUGUGGUAGAUUCAGUCAACCUACCUUCAUCAUUCUCUAGCAGAGAUUGUCAGCCCUGCCUACAUUAGGCCAAGAGAAGGUUUUGUAUGGUCCAUUGGGGUGAGAGGAAGGUCAAGAGGACCAGUUUCAAGGGUGGAUAAAAGUACAUUGUUGAAAUAAUUGACCAAGAGGUCAAGAAUGGGGUAGGGAGGCUAGUAAAGCCAGAAUAGGGGUGAUGAACUGGGAGAAGAGGGAGGGGUCCCUGGAAGAUAAGUGAGGAUCAGGGAACAGCAACAGCUGUGGGAAUAAGAGGGUGUGGGAGAUUGUGUGAGGAGAAGAAAAUUUCAGAGUUCAGUAUCUUGGAGCUGGAAUAAUUCUUAUGGGAGUUAGAAGGUGUGGCUUUGGAUCUUCAGCUGCCUACUGGAACAUUUUAUACUGGAUGUCAUAGAUCAUGAAAACUCAUCAUCAAAUAAAGCCUUCCCUAUUUCUGUUUAAGACACUGCCACCCAGGUUAGCAAUCAAUUCCUUCUUCCCUCCCUUCCUUCCCUGUUUCCAAUCAGUUGCUAAAUUCUGUUGAUUCUGCCUCUUCAUCUCUUACAUCUGAUUCCCUAUCUCUUCCCUCCCAUUAACCACCAUCCUGGUUUAAGCCAUUAUCAAUGCUUAGUUUUCUUAACAGAGUUAGUUGUCUUGCCUCUAGUCCAUCAUUCCCUAUCCAAGCUACCUGACAUAGCUCUCAAAUUGACAUUCCUAAAGCACAGGUCUAACUGUGUUGCUCCCUGUUGAAGCAGGAGCAGCUCCUCAUGCCUCUGGAAAUAAAAUAUGAAUUCUCCUGUUUGCCAUUUAAAUUCCUUUCCAGUUUGGGUUCCAGCCUAUACUGUCAGAUUUGCUCCCUGUAGCUGACCUGCUGUGUGGCCCUGAACACAACAUUCCAUCUCCUGACCCCUUGCUAGAAGCACAUUUUCCCCGCUUCCUCAGCCUUAUGGGAACUCCAGAUUUCUUUUAUAAGGAUGUUACCUGCAACUUCUCCAGUUUAAUGCUCUCUUCUACCAAAAUUUUUUUCCUUUUUUGGUUAUAUUCUUUAAUUUACUUUUCUGUAUAUAUUUUAUUAUCUCUUCCCUUCUCUCUCAGUAGAAUGUAAGCUCCUUAGGGGCAGGUCUGUUAUUUGUCUUUGUGUCUUCAAGUGCCUAGCAUAGUGCCUUACAAGUAAAGGGAGGCUAAUAAAUGCUUACUAAAUUGGAUUGAAUUCUGCUGAUGGGUAGCUGUGAAAUAAAGCUAGGAGUGGUAGUUGAGAUACUGUGAGCCUCAGUCUAUCAUCAACAUGAGUAUUUAGUUCAGGAAAUAUUAAUCACAUUGUGGGGCACUGUGCUAGGGGCAGAGUGCAGUGAAAAAAUAAGCAUCCCUGCACUCAAGAAGCUUACUACAUCAGUGUAAUGCAAAUUAAGUUGAAAUGGUCCAAACAAAGUGCUAUGAGAAACCUGAGGAGGAUGAGGGUAUUUCCAGCUAGUGGAUCAGGAAAGCUUGACAGAGGAGGUAGGACUUGAAGGAAGGAAAGAAAACUGGGGGAAGGGAGAAGCUAUUGCAGAUAUUGGGGAUGCCGUAAAGUUAAAAUAUGGAGAUAAAAGAAGGCAAGAUAAAAAGAGAAAGUCUGGAUUAAGGUUUUCUUAUUCUAGAUCUUCUGUCUCCUAGCAGAUGGGUUGGAGUUUGCUUUUCAGAUCCUGGGCUGGAUUUGGACAGAAGCCAGCUGAAAUCUUCAAAACAGACGAGUCUUUGUCCAGGAUAUAACAGUUCUCUCAAGAAGAGAAUCAGGUCAGCGAGGACAGAUUUUGAGGCACACAUGAGUGAAAUUGAGGAAGCUCUCAUCAGAUGGCUAUAGGAGGUAGGGAAGGAAGAGUCCUAUCUGACUUCAAGAUGGCUAAGAAACGUUAACUCCACCAAGUGCAGUUACAUCCAUACUACCAAAGAAUUCAGAGCCACCAGUUCUUUACCUCUGUGAUUACCCCUCUCAGGAAUAACAAGCCAAAUUCCCAUUCUUAAUAUGGGCCCACACUGUGCUAAGUGCUGGGGAUAUAAAGAAAAACAAAACAAAAAAAAACAAAAAAAAAAAUCCUGCUUUAAAGGAGCUCACUCUAUUGAAGGAGGCUACGUGCAAAGAUUAAUCCUUGUGAACUAGUUUUUUUUUUGUUUUUUGUUUUUUUUAAAUGAGAUUGUUAGAGGGGUCUUUAAAGAAGCACAGAAAAACCUAUGUUGUCAUCGCUCAGGAACUAGCUAUUUCUCUAGAAAAGAGUUUAGAUUCUCAUCCACAUACAAGAGGGAAAAUAGACAAAGUCACAAAAAUCUAGACAAUGAGUUGGUUGCCCAUCAACUGGGAAAUGCCUAAACAAAUUGGAGUCUUGGAAUGUAAUGAAAAACUAUUAUGUUUUGAGUAAUGAUAGGAGGAAUUCAGAGAAAUGUUGAAAGAUAGUUAAGAAGUA